CGCAGUUUCGGCAGCCUGGCGAGUUGGCAGGUGGGGUGGGACUCGCCGGUCAACUCAUUAAUUUUAAAAGUCAGUUUGGGAGUGCUGCCGCAGAGGAGGGCUGUGGCAAGGCAAGAGGUGGCCCGGGAUGCCGAUGGUGGGGGAAAAAAAGAGAAGCCUCGAAAACCUUGGAGGCAAAAUUGCGCUUGGGUUCCUGGUCCCUGCAUCCCUCCUGCCUUGAGUGCGCGAGAACACUUUUUUUGUUUUAAGACUCAGCUUGGAGAGAAAGCCUCUGUCCCAGGGGAGGAGAGGAGUCCGCAGGGGGCAGAGAGCGCAGCUCCCGGCCGGGUGCGCCCCCCACCCCUGGCGCGCUCGCUUUUGUCCCCCCAUUCUCCCCCGCCCCCACCUCCUCAUUGGUGCUGGUUUGCAGCGCUCGGCCCCUGCGCCUUCGCUUCGCGUUUGAAUCUGGCUCGCCCCUCCGUAUUAUGUCUGCACUCCGAAGGAAAUUUGGGGACGAUUACCAGGUAGUGACCACCUCGUCCAGCGGGUCGGGCUUGCAGCCCCAGGGGCCGGGCCAGGGCCCGCAGCAGCAGCUUGUGCCCAAGAAGAAGCGGCAGCGGUUCGUGGACAAGAACGGCCGGUGCAAUGUGCAGCACGGCAACCUGGGCAGCGAGACGAGCCGCUACCUCUCGGACCUCUUCACCACCCUGGUGGACCUCAAGUGGCGCUGGAACCUCUUCAUCUUCAUCCUCACCUAUACCGUGGCCUGGCUCUUCAUGGCGUCCAUGUGGUGGGUGAUCGCCUACACUCGGGGCGACCUGAACAAAGCCCACGUCGGCAACUACACGCCCUGCGUGGCCAAUGUCUACAACUUCCCCUCCGCCUUCCUCUUCUUCAUCGAGACCGAGGCUACCAUCGGCUAUGGCUACCGCUACAUCACCGACAAGUGCCCCGAGGGCAUCAUCCUCUUCCUCUUCCAGUCCAUUCUGGGCUCCAUCGUGGACGCCUUCCUCAUCGGCUGCAUGUUCAUCAAGAUGUCCCAGCCCAAGAAGCGCGCGGAGACCCUGAUGUUUAGCGAGCACGCGGUGAUCUCCAUGAGGGACGGAAAACUCACGCUCAUGUUCCGGGUGGGCAACCUGCGCAACAGCCACAUGGUCUCCGCGCAGAUCCGCUGUAAGCUGCUCAAAUCUCGGCAGACACCUGAGGGUGAGUUCCUUCCCCUUGACCAACUUGAACUGGAUGUAGGUUUUAGUACAGGGGCAGAUCAACUUUUUCUUGUUUCCCCCCUCACAAUUUGCCACGUGAUCGAUGCCAAAAGCCCCUUUUAUGACCUAUCCCAGCGAAGCAUGCAAAGUGAACAGUUCGAGAUUGUCGUCAUCCUAGAAGGCAUUGUGGAAACAACUGGGAUGACUUGUCAAGCUCGAACAUCUUACACUGAAGAUGAAGUUCUUUGGGGCCAUCGUUUUUUUCCCGUGAUUUCCUUAGAAGAAGGGUUCUUUAAAGUUGAUUACUCCCAGUUUCACGCAACAUUUGAAGUCCCCACACCACCUUAUAGCGUGAAAGAACAGGAGGAAAUGCUGCUUAUGUCGUCCCCUUUGAUAGCACCAGCCAUUACUAACAGCAAAGAAAGACACAAUUCUGUGGAAUGCUUAGAUGGACUCGACGACAUGACUACAAAGCUUCCGUCUAAGCUGCAGAAAAUUACUGGAAGAGAAGACUUUCCCAAAAAACUCUUGAGGAUGAGUUCUACAACUUCAGAAAAAGCCUACAGCUUGGGAGAUUUGCCCAUGAAACUUCAACGAAUAAGUUCAGUUCCUGGCAACUCAGAAGAAAAACUGGUAUCUAAAACCACCAAGAUGUUGUCUGAUCCCAUGAGCCAGUCAGUGGCUGAUUUGCCACCAAAGCUUCAAAAAAUGGCGGGAGGAGCAGCCAGGAUGGAAGGGAAUCUCCCAGCCAAAUUAAGAAAAAUGAACUCUGAUCGAUUCACAUAACAAAACACCCCCGUAGGCAUUAUUUAUUGUUUGAUUUAGUAAUAGUCCAAUAUUUGGCUGAUGAGGUAAUCCUCGAAGGAAUCCGAAAGGUACAUUUUUCCCCAGUCAUAUAUGCAUAUUUGAGAACCCUUUCUUCCCAAGUAUUGCCACUGUGCAGAAAGCAAAAGUUGUGUAAAGGGAGGACACCGUAAGAAAGUUCUUAUUAACGGGCAUGUAUUAUCACAUCAAGCAUGCAAUAAUGUGCAAAUUUUGCAUUUAGUUUUAUGGCAUGAUUUAUAUAUGGUAUAUUUAUAUUGUAUAUUCUGGAAAAAUAUAUAUAUAUUUAAAGAGGUGGUACUCUUCACGACAUUUCUAACAUAUGUAUUAAACCAAACAUGAGUGGAUAGCUUUCAGGGCGAUAAAACUAUAUAUAUGUGUGUGUAUAUAUAUAUAUAUCUAUAUAUAUAUAUAGAUAUAGAUAUAUAUAUAUAUACACGUGUGUGUGUGUAUAUAUAUAUCUAUAUACACACACACACACACACACACAUACAUACGUACAUAUAUAUCUGAUAAAAUUGUGAUGUUUUGUUCAAAGUUGUAGUUCUUGUGCAUGUUUACUUUAUUAGGCUAGGAAGGCUUCUGGCAUUAAUUAUUAAUACCAAAUAUUUUAGCCUUAAAUUAUUUGUCAUUUUAAAAUCUGAUUUAAUGUUUUCUGCUGUUUAAGGUCCUGGGAGGUUAUCAAUUGUACUUUAUAUGAGGGAGUCACACAAGUCUAUGCUAUUUAUGGCCCUGCAUAAAUAUAACCAUUAUAUUUAACUUAUAAAUUUUAGAGCAUACCAUCAAUAUGCUAAAAAUUUCUUAGGAUUUUUAAAAGUUGCUAGUACUAGGGGAAAAUUGGUUAAUUUGAGAAUUUGUCCUUUUCUGGACUACUUCAAGUCUGGAAAUCUGUUUUGUAUAUGAUCUAAUACAAAUAUGAGCUCUGAACAAAUGCUGAAUCAUUGUAAUCAUCAGUAGCCAACUUAUACUGAAUAUAUCAGAAUCUGCUUGAAAUUACAUAAUUAAUGGUCCCUGUUUCAAACUGAGGCAAUUGGUGACAUUUUCACUCCUUUUCUGGAAGUUCUGUCAUUUUAAAAACCAAUAAUUUAUUCUUGAAGAGAUACGACAAUACAAUGAAACAGAUGAUAAAUAUCUAUGCUUAAAAUAUGUAUGUCUAAAUGAGUCUCUUUUUUAAUGCUGUUAUCUUGUUUGUGGCAUUUAUUGUAUCAGGACAGACCUUUUUUCCUCACCUGGGGAACCUAUCCCACCCCAUGCCUGUCACUGGGUUCAGGGAGAAUGUUAUGUAUAUACCUGAGAGAAUUUUUAAUUAGAUGAAUUGAAGAUAUUUUACCCAUGUGGGCUUUUUUGUUUAUUUGUUUGUUUGGUAAACAAUGAUUUUAUUGGUGUCUUGGAUGCCUGGCCUACCAAAGUAAUUUUAACAGUACUAUUUUUCUAACCCCAAGGUCUGAUAUUUAUUACUCAUUAGUGGAAAUAAAAACUAUUGCUCAGAAGAACACCUACAAAAUAAAGAUUGGGAAUGCAGAGAUUUUUAUGAAAAUUUAUAAGUGCUCCUUAUCAAAAUGUCAUAGAUUUUCCUAUAGUUGUUUUUUUUUUUUUUUUUUUUUUUUGGUGGGGGGUGGGGGCAUUGCAGUGUAAGUCUGUCCAGAAUUUAGCUAUUUCUCCUUAUUAAUAUCUAAAUCCUUAAUGCCUGGUUUGGGCUCCCAUUAUUUCCCGUUUUUUUUUUAGCAAUCCUGUGAUGAUUUUCUCACUGGAAAAUUAUUACAUCAACAAUUUUAUCAUUAACUACAAUAAUACCUUCUGGCUACCUCUGUAUCAACCAAAUUCUGUAGGUGCAAACAAAUCCCAGGGAACUAUUACUGGCAAAAUGAUCAACUUUGAGCAUUCAUCCACUGUGCAUAGAGCUAGUUGUUCUACCCCUUGAUCCCAUUCUCUAGGUAUAGGAAAUGAACUAGCAGAGAGAGAAGGGGGUCUAGGGGGCAUGAGAUAUUCAUUAUCAGUGGAAGAAACUCCAUAGAUCAUUUAGUCCAAACACUUAAAACUAAAUAGAGCCAUAAUUUAAUUUGGAGAGUCAUUCUAAUUUGUCUUUGGUACCAAGGAAAACAUGGACCAAAAAAUGAACUCUCUGAAUGUAUUUCACACAUUCAUUCAAGAAAAUUUUUGCAUGUCUUUUAUGUCCUAGGCCAUUUUAACUCCUGGACAUUUGGCUCUAAGGGGAGGUUGCUACCCAUUUGAACACUGACUAUUGGUAGGAGAGUUGGGGGAGGGCGGCUGCGGAGACAGAGGGAGCACAGAUAAGAUGAUUUCAGAUACUCAAAAUAACAGUUUAAGGUAGGGAAAACAGAAUAACAAGAUGGAAAAUGGGUGUAAUAAGAAUUGAUUAUCUUAGAAGAGGUGAGCGGCUUAGGGAGGGAGUGAUAUAUUUCAACAGAAAUCCAAUUGAUGAGAAAAAAACCACGGUUGCCAGAAUUAAUUUUUCUUAGUGAUGCUAUUUCUUUAUCUUUUCCACAUAUGUAUGGGAAAGGUAUGAUUUCUGCAUGUAAUUGCAGUUAAGCCCAUAUUGCUAAGUUGAUCCGAGGUCCCAGUUUACCAGGGAGAGUUCCAGUUUCUACCUGUUGUAUCUGUGUAAUUAAUAAUAGCACUCCCUUUCACUCUUCGAGUGUCCUGAUUUGGAUGAUACAUUAUAUGGUGACUCUCCAUUUUUGUUGAAACUAACUAAAUUACGAAGUCUGAUAUAUUUGGAUAAAAAUAAAAAAAUUGCUUUUUCUUCUCCUUUUGCUGAUUUUUUUUUAUGCUGAUCAUUCCAAAAAAGAUCAUCUCCAUUUCAUCUAUUUCAUCCUGGAGGACUUCUUAUCCAAGUGAUUUCAUGUAACAUUUGUUCAAUCUGUAUAUGACAUGUUUUCUCAGCAGUGAAAAGUUCUGCAUUUUAUUGACUGAAUAAAAAAUAAAUCUCUGGUAUUUCCAUUUCAGGAAGUUAUAAGAGCUCAAAUCAAAGAGAAUAAAAGUCAACUGAAGCCAGGAUAAUUGUCAGCCCACCAAUGUAGUGACUAUUGGAAAACAAAAUGUAAUGUAUUCAUUGAACUGAAUAACUCUACUUAACAACUGGAAAUUAGUCCCUUUUGUGGGAUUUUCAUGGUAUAGCUCCUGUCAUGGUAAAAUAUUUCAUUCUAUUUAUCAAAAUGAUGUGAAUAAAAGAAAUAUGAUUAUUUUGA